AUGAAGAAGAUUCAAGAAAUUGGAAGCUAUACGAGAGCUUAUGUUGGAGGUGACAAUGGUACUUAUACGGAAACGCCUCCUGUAUCAGCACCUGGUUAUAUGAAUCUGCUCACUGGUACAUGGGCUAAUAAACACAAUGUAUACGAUAAUGAUCUUCAAUCUCCCAAUUACCAUUAUAAAAAUAUUUUUCGACUCUUUAAAGAACAUUAUUCUGAUAAAACGAUUGCUAUAUUCUCAACUUGGACAGAUAAUCGUAUUAAACUCAUCGGUGAAGGAUUAGCCAUAGCAGGUAAUAUUAUAUUUGAUUAUAAAUUUGAUGGAUACGAACAUGAUCAGAUUACUUAUCCUCAUGAUCCAGAUGACCAUUUUAUUUUUGACAUCGAUCAACAUGUGACUAAUGAAACUUCAGCAUGUAUCAAAAUAUAUGGACCUGAUCUUUCAUGGGUUUAUUUACAAUAUACGGAUGACGUAGGACAUCAAUUUGGAGACAGUGAACAAUUCACUCAAGCAGUCAAUAAUGUUGACCAUCAAAUAGGGCAAAUUUGGGAAGCUAUUGAUUACCGAAUGAAACAUCAUCAAGAAGAUUGGUUAAUUAUUAUAACGACAGAUCACGGUAGAGAUCCGAUAAGAGGCGAAGAACAUGAUAAUCAGACUGACAGAGAACGAACAACUUGGAUAAUAACAAAUAGUCGAGAAAUGAAUACUUAUUUUCGUGAUUUUCAACCUGCCAUAGUUGAUAUAUAUCCAACAAUUGCAAAAUUGAUAAAUCUCAAAAUUCCGAUUGAAUUAGAAAGAGAAUUAGAUGGAGUACCAUUAACAGGAAAAGUAUCAUUAAUAAAGCCGGAUGUUAGGUUGUAUGGUGUUAUUUUACAAAUUGGUUGGACAGUUUUAGAUCCUACUGGAAAUGUAAAAGUGUGGCUAUCAACUACAAAUUCAUUUAAGAAUGAAGAACUUGUUGAUAAACAAAAACGUGAUAAACUUUGGGAUAUUUAUCUAGGUACAACAGAUAAUAAUAAUAAUAAUGAUAAAUUAUUACGUGAUGAAACACAUCGUAUAAGAAAUAUCGAAAAACAAUUAGCUGUUAUAAAUCAAAAUCGUCUAAUUAUUAAUGAAAGUUUAUUAUCAUCAUCAACUUCAAAUAAUCGUAUAAAUUCUGAUUCACAAUCAAUAAUUAUACCUGAUUUAUCAUCAAUGGAAAAUCGAGUUCGUGUUAGACGUCGUUCAUCAUUAGAUCAACAAAUUAUUGAACGAUGGAAAACUGUUGUUGAACAAUGUAAAACACAUGAACAAUUACCAUGGACAAUACAAAAAUUAAUGAUUCGUCGACAUUUUCGACGACAUUAUAAAACAAUGUUACGAGAACCUGAACAUAUGAAUACAUCAAUGUAUGAACAAUCAGAAUAUGUUAACAAUAAACCAUAUCAUAUGAUUUAA